AUGGAUUACUGGGAGAACAUUCCCAGCAAGAAGGAGCAGGAGGCUAUCGUGAAACGUACACGCAGGGUUGUCUCGUCAAGGCCUGAAUUGAAGGACGCCUUGCCCGAGUGGGCAGUGGAGCUGCUCAGCCCCACGGUCUUCUGGCCUGAGAGCUACAUGCCGGUGCCACCGGACUUUUGUGACCGGCCUAAGCCUGGACGCUCCUACUCUCAGCCUCUGCCCUCGGUUCCCCGCUACCAGUCUCUGUCCCCGGCCCCCAGCUACCAGUCUCUGUCCCCGGCCCCCAGCUACCAGUCUCUGUCCCCGGCCCCCAGCUACCAGCCUCGGCCCCCGGUUCCCAGCUACCAGCCUCGGCCACCGGUUCCCAGCUACCAGCCUCGGCCCCCGGUUCCCAGCUACCAGCCUCGGCCCCCGGUUCCCAGCUACCAGCCUCGGCCCCCGGUUCCCAGCUACCAGCCUCGGCCCCCGGUUCCCAGCUACCAGCCUCGGCCCCCGGUUCCCAGCUACCAGCUUCUGCCCCCGGUCCCUAGCUACCAGCCUCUGCCCCCGGUCCCUAGCUACCAGCCUCUUCCCCUGCCUGUGGAGGUCCACCAUGCGCUCCUGCCUGUGGAGGUCCGCCCUCUGCGCCUGCCGGAGGUUUCCGCCUUCGCCACUGCUGGCCUUCAGAGGGGUUUCCGUGCCGCUGCAGGCCUCAUGAGGGACUGA